AGUUUUCACACACAGGCAGCCCUGAUAUUUACGGUGACAACCCUACUCUUAAAAUCUGGCGCAAAGCAACAUAGAAAGUGAAGCGUCUUAGUUAAUUUAUUUAAAUGCGAGUUCGGAUAACGAAAAAAUGUCGGGUGAUAUUGCAAACCAGCUGAAAGGAAGCCGCUCCGACGUGGAAUCAGCUUGUAAAACGAUUGUGGCCAAGUUCAAAGAGAUCGCCAGCGGAGUCCGUGGGAAUGCAGAUGCAUCCUACGCCUUGAGAUACGAAUUGAGUGUCCUGCGCCAUAUUUGCUACGCUGUUAAGGAGAAUCUUCAUCAAAAUGCAGAUCUAUAUUGUGAUAUUAUGGCCAUCAUGCUGCCACACGUGGAGCCUUCGCAAGAGAAGCCAAACCUUUGGGAGGCCCACCUGACAAGCCUGCGCUACAUUCAUCAUGGUUUGUGCCAAGAGAAAUCCAUCGCCGCUUGUCAGAAGCUGUAUAAUCUCAUACGGUCGCAAUCCUGCCGCUUACAAAAUGAUUCUGACUAUAAAAUAUAUCUGGACAUACACUUGACACACUUUAAUGGCAUACACUUACAACUUCAGAAACAAACACUGCCCCUGGAAGCCACUCAUCAUCUGUGUUUUUCUCUAGAGGCUCUGGGGGAUCUAUUCGCCGCCAUGCGACAAAAGAAAUUAACCAAAAAUGGUCCUCUUUUGGUGCAGCUCAAUGAGUCUAUGUUUGGGAAAAGAAGUAGGACUUUUUUCAAAUCCCUUAGUUAUCUACCCAGUGAGAGUCUAACCAAGAUGUUCGACCCACUAAUAAAGCUUCUGGCUAGCAACUCCUCUACGUAUUUAAGCACUCAGUUUGCGGAGUUCCUGAGCUUCGCGUUGGCUCUCUUUCAAAUCGAUAUGUUGAAUCCCCAGCUCAGUAUGCACAUGGCCCUCCAAUCGCUUCGCAUGUGUAAGGAAAUUUUCCGGGAGGAUGCCAAUGUCACGUAUGCUCUUCAGCUGGUUUACUACUUUCUGAAGAUCAUUUACGCAAGGGAAGCCUCUCAAGAUUUUAAGCGAACUUACGUAGAUAUUUGCCGUAAGUUCCAGACCUUCUUCGAACAGAAAGGGGCUGCUUUCGCCAAGGAACAAUGGUUGACCGAUUUAGUGAUUGCAAUACAGCGUCUGCAAACGCUGAUUCAUCAGAGCGGCAGCAGAUCGUCGUCGCCGUUUCAGCGAUUUUGGCAGCAAAUGGAGGUGGAAGGUGGCACGGAGGCAUAUGCAGCCCAUUUUCAGCUGCUGCACAGCUGUGCGGCAAUUUCUGUGAAUGUGACAAGGAGUUCACUAGGCAGCAACUGUUCAAACGAAUCCUGCAAGAGCCAAAGGAGGCACUGCAUCAUGAGCUUCGGCAUGUGCGCCUUGGAUGCCUACAUCAACUGGCAGCCAACGGCGGAGCAGAAAACGGAUAGAUCUCCUCACAAGCCCUUGCUGGGAAUAAUCUCCUACACGAUGGAUGUGGCCAAGAGCUUGAAAUGUUUAGGAUCCACUAGUGUGGAAGUGAUAAGAUUAGUUCGUCAAUUGAUCCACGUUGCGGAUAAGGUGUCCUGCGCGGAGCAAAUGGCCCUGCUGCUACCACUUCUAGAGCCCCUCCAACAGCUACGUCCCAUAAUUGCGGAUCAGGAGCUGAGUAUUUUGUUGAGGCGGCUUUUUAAGGCCAGCUGCCAUUGCAAGGACCCACAGAUGGCGUCUCGCCUGCAGGCCUGUUACAUAGCCUCCCUCAAGAACCCCGUUCGGCUGCGUUCACAAAUUAGUUUACAUUACCACAGCCAAGUAAAGGAAGGAAAAGAGAUUCAGAAAUGCGUCUACGAAUGGCACGAAAGUGGCCCACUGCCCAAUCCCCUUACCACAGCCCAGAAAAGACAGCUGUACGACACGGAUUUGUUUGCUGUCCUUCACAACCUAAGGAGUCCUUCCUUAUCCCACUUGCGAUCGCUCCUCCGGUACAGAACAAAUGACUAUCAGCUAGUCCUUCUGGCCAGGCAAAUGCGCAACGAUGGCAGUGUUUUAAAGGAAUUGCAGGAAAUGACUGCCAGACUGAGGCAGAAAAGUUCUCUCACCCGAAUGGAACAGCUCUCUGUAGGUCAUGCAAAUGUGGGCUUACUUUUAGAUGCACUAGAGGCUCAAAAGACAAAGAUUUCUUCCAAAGAUGUACAUGAGAACACGAUGGAGGAAGUUCUUCUACGGCAGAACCUUUCAUCGAUAAAUAUAGAACGAGAGCACCGAGUAGUUAAGUUGGCUUCAGACUCUAUAGCAGCGUUUGAUAGAUUCUUUAAACGAGCUGACGAGGAACCUUUGGGCGAAGAGGAGACAUCCAUAGACUGGGAAGCUUUAGUGGAUGAUGCAGUAUCCGCAGCCAUGGCACUGUCCAGUAUGGGUUACCAACAAGAAGCGGAGGAUGCGUGGCUUCUGCUUCUAAGAAUCGGAUCCUUGCUGGAGGAUCGGUUUACCUACCUCAGAGCCUUAACCUACUUCCUGUCACAAAAUAGAGUGAGCCCCACGCUAAGACUGGAUCUCUCUAAGGAAGUUGCACGUGCGGAGGACAUGCUGGACGAUUUGUGGCCACAGCUGCAAAGUGGAAGAUUUUUCAAGCGCCAGCACACCACUGUGAUGCUUUGCCUUUGCCAUUUGGCCAGUUACUAUGACAGAAAAGAUUGCCAGAGCACGGCGCAGUUACUCCUGCUCCAAGUGGAGCAAUUGCGCGAGGAGUUCCCGGAAAGGACUGGAAAAAGCGACAUUGUUUUAAUCACCUUACAGACGGUUCGCUUUAGACUUUCUUAUCAUCAGAGGAAGCCCAGGAACCCAAGGAUACCUACACCAUUGCGACAGCUGGACACUCUGCUCGAUAAUGUGCGAAACUUCUUCACCUUGUCCAGCUUGGAUGCAGGCUCCCUGCAACUUGUACUUGCCGCUCUUGUUAAAGAAAGCACAGAGUGUGCAGCCAACCGGCUUAGCGAACGUCUCGCCUUCUCCAACUUUGCGCUGCAGAUGUUCCUACAGGCUGGUUUUGCCCUGCGCUCCAUCGAAGUAUUUAUAGCCUGGCUGUGGACGAACCUGCAGAUGGAGUACCUUGACAAGGCAGAGUCCAAGCUGCGACUCGUCGAGCACUGUUUAAAUAUAAAGCCACUAGCUCGGAAGCAGCCACCUCUGGAGAGUGAAAAGAAAGAGGCACCGCUGGCAUCCCUUGAAAGCAAUAUGAUGCUAAUGCAGUUGGUGGAGCCAAUUAGGAAGCAGCAGCAGUUCGACAUGGGCUCGCCCAGAGCCCUCAACAUGCGGCCCAAUAGUCCCAGUUUUCAUAUGAACUUGGAGCGCUACGUGAACUUCAAGCAGGCACCGUCUCUUCUCCGACAGAACUCCCAGCUGCAGUGUGUUUACUUCGUUCUGGGAUGCCUUCAUGCACGACUCUGUUUUUUGCAGAGGAAUGACGAUCAGUUGGAUGAGUUUUAUGCCGAGGCAGAUAGCUUUUUGGCCAAGAAUCCCGAGCUGAGGACUUUCCUGGGUUCUAUGUUGCAAGUGCACCAAGUAUACAAAGUCAAUUUUAUGCGGUAUAAAAAAAAGCACCAAGAGUCCUUGUCGGUUUGCCAAAAGGGACUACAGUCACGGCCGUCCUCAAUGGAUGUCAACUAUAGUUACAACUUCAUGGCCCAACUGAAAGCGGCGCAACUGGAGCUGAAGCCGUUGAAGCCGCAGUGUCAGAAGUCCCGACGAGCUCUAGUUUUCAAUCUUUCACCUGAACAGAAACUAAGGCCAGUUCUGGCCGCAGGAGCCACCAAUUCAGCAGUCAAAGUAAAACAAUCGGCAAAAAAGGCGCCAAAGUUUAGGAUUUUCACGGAGCUGGAGCUGCGACCACCAAGCACGAGUAGCUCUGGCAGCAGUGGAAGCGGCAAUGAAAACACACCGCCCUCUGAUCGCAUUGACUUGAAUGCCUGCCAGGCCAUCGAGAUAAGUGAUGACGAUGACUCGCCCACCACACAGCCGCUGAAGCCAUCGCAGUCUCAAGCCAAGGUGAGGGAAAAAACCAAGACCAAAGCCAAGACGAAAGUCAGUCAAGUCAUUGAACUGGAUGACAGUUUCGAGAAGGGGCUGACCCAGUCGAAGGGCACGGCUGUGAGGAGCACCAGGGCCAGGAUUCGGCAACCGGAGGAGGAAACACCAAAGGCGGCGGCGGUUCUGUCGUCAAGGAGGCCCAGGCGAAAGGUGGCCGAGCAGCAACCCGCAGAAUCAGAGUGUGUCAGCACACGGAGACGCCACAGAAACUGAUUAGUUUUAGUUUAUUUUAUAAUUGGUUUUCUACUUUUAUUUAAAUGCGUUUAUUUCUCACUCAAAUAUAAUCCAUUUAUGUGUUGAAA